UUGUUUUUUUGUUUGGGUCGCUCAGUUCUUUCAUUCCCACCUCUGCAACUACAAACGGUCUCUUCCAUUCCUAACCCUCUAUAACUACAAACGAACUCAAAGGUUACGAGUAUAACCACAAACUCCUCUCUCUCUCUCUCUGUCUCUCUCUCUCUCUUCCUUGUUGCUUCGGAGAUAUUCGCCAUUCCCCCAUUGCCGAAUCUUCGCCAUCGAAGGGUUUCUUAUUCGAACUUUCAGUGCUGACCUUGAACCGUGAAUUGUAAUGGCGGAAAGCAAUGACAAACUCAGUGACUGUAAAGAGGCUCCAGAAGAACACAGAGAGCAUGAAGAAGAAGAAGAAGAAGAAGAGGGAGAAGAAGAAGAAGAGGAACAGGAGCAGGAAGAAGGAGAAGAAGGGGAAGAAGAUGAUGUUGAGGAUGAGGGGGUUUAUACCUUCAAAUUCAAAGACGGAGUUAAUCCUUUGGAUUUUGUGGAAGACAAUGCUUUUAGUGUUCAACCUUAUAAGCAAUUCGAGCGCCUUGAAUAUGAAGCUCUUGCUGAGAAGAAAAGGAAAGCACUUGCAGAUAGCCAGCGUGAAGGAUCAGCGAAGAAGGCCAGACUAGAGGAUGUUUCUGGAGCAGCAUGCAUGGAUGAGAUAAUGAAAGCCAUGAAUUAUGGUCGUAGGAGGAAAUCAAAAGAGCCUAAAAAAAGAGGAAGGCAGAAAGGGUCAAAAAAUAAACUCAGCCGUGAUGUUGCACGGAUGCUAGGUGAAGCUACUCUUUAUUAUGCACAUUGCCGUUAUGAAGAGGCCAUAUCUGUGCUGCAUCAGAUUGUUUUACAAGCGCCAGAUUUGCCUGAUUCAUAUCAUACACUUGGACUUGUCUAUACUGCGAUGGGUGAUAAGAAGCGAGCGUUAGGUUUCUACAUGCUUGCUGCACAUCUGAAGCCCAAAGAUGCAUCUCUCUGGAAGCUGUUAAUGUCUUGGUCAAUUGAACAGGGAGACAUUGGUCAAGCCAAUUAUUGCCUUUCUAAAGCAAUAACAUCAGAUCCUGAAGACAUUCAGUUAAGAUUCCAUCGGGCAGCACUCUAUCUUGAACUUGGAGAUUAUCAAAAAGCCGCUGAAUCAUAUGAGCAGAUACAUCAACUGUGUCUUGAAAAUAUUGAAGCACUGAAGACAGGAGCAAAGUUGUACAAACGAUGUGGUCAGCUUGAACGUUCUAUCGCUAUGCUUGAAGACUAUCUUAAGGGCUGUCCAACUGAAGCUGAUUUAAGUGUGGUUGAUCUACUGGCUGUCAUAUUGAUGGAUAAUAAUGAGCAUAUCAAAGCUCUUCAACAUAUUGAACGUGCAAAACUGAUCUAUUGUUCAGGAAGAGAGCUUCCCAUAAAUUUGAUGAUUAAAGCUGGAAUCUGCCACAUUCAUUUGGGGGAUAUGGAAAAGGCAGAGAUUCAGUUUUGUGUUCUAGAGCGGGAAAGAGCAUAUCAUCAUACUGAUUUGGUCUUUGAAGUUGCGGACUCAUUAAAGGAUCUUGGUCAUUAUAAUUUGGCAUUGAAGUAUUAUAAGAUGUUGGAAGGAGUUGGCAGCAGUCAUGUGGGGUCUUUACAUCUGAAAAUUGCUCAUUGUUACUUAUCCUUGGAAGAAAGAUUACAAGCGAUUAUCUUCUUUGACAAAGCUAUACAAACGUUUGCUGACAAUGUUGAUGCCCGAUUAACCUUGGCUUCCCUCCUCCUUGAAGAAAGUAAAGAUGAUGAAGCCAUUUCGUUGCUGUCUCCUCCAAGUAAUUUAGACUCCAGCGACCCACAUUCUGAUCAGUCUAAACCAUGGUGGCUUGAUGAAAAAAUAAAACUGAAGCUUUGCCACAUAUACAGAGCUAAAGGGAUGCUUGAGAACUUUGUGGAUGCAAUCUUUCCUUUGGUCCGUGAGUCAUUAUAUUGUGAAACUCUUAGACAAAAGGUUAGAGUGAAAAAGAGACUGUCCAGAAGAGAUCUGCUUGAAAGAAUCAAAGUGCUGGAUAAUUGUGGAACAGAUAACCUAUUUGGAGGAUUUAGACCUGUAGCUUCUUCUUCUGAUCUGUUGAAAGCUUCCAGAGCAAAGAAGUUGCUUCGAAAGAAAGAAGAAAAGAAAGCCAAGGCACUUGCAGCUGGAGAUGACUGGCAAUCUGAUAGUUCAGAUGAUGAGCCUCUGCUACAAAUACAAAGAGAAGCUCCAUUGCCCAAUCUUCUGAAAGAGGAGGAGCUUCAUCAUCUUAUUGUCGAUUUGUGUCAGGCAUUGGCCACCUUGCGAAGAUACUCAGAUGCGUUAGAGACUAUAAGUCUCAGUUUGAGAUUGGCUAGUAACAUGAUGUCUGCUGAGAAGAAGGAGGAGCUUCGAACCCUUGGAGCUCAACUAGCAUACACCACCACAGAACCUAAGCAUGGGUUUGACUAUGUAAAAUACGUUGUUCAACAGAAUCCAUACAGCUUUGCUGCCUGGAACUGCUAUUACAAAGUAAUUUCAAGAUUAGAGAAUCGCGAUUCAAGGCACUCUAAGUUUCUACAUCAUAUGCAAGGAAAACUCAAAGAUUGUAUUCCUCCUAUGCUCAUUUCUGGGCAUCAAUUUACCAUGGGCUGCCAUCACCAAGAUGCUGCAAGGAAAUACCUGGAAGCAUAUAAGCUGUUACCAGAGAGUCCUUUGGUUAAUCUCUGUGUUGGAACUGCUUUAAUCAACUUAGCACUUGGAUUCAGACUUCAAAACAAGCAUCAAUGUCUUGCACAAGGCUUAGCAUUCCUCUACAACAAUUUGAGGCUUUCCAAAAAGAGCCAGGAAGCGUUAUACAACAUAGCUCGAGCAUGUCAUCAUGUUGGACUUGUAUCUCUAGCGGCUACAUAUUAUGAAAAAGUACUUGCAAUUCAUGAGAAGGAUUACCCUAUUCCAAAGCUUCCCAGUGAGAAACCAGACAUGGAACAUCUGAAACCCGGUUACUGCGACCUUCGCAGAGAAGCGGCUUACAAUCUGCAUCUAAUCUACAAAAAGAGUGGAGCAUUAGAUCUGGCUAGGCAAGUCCUAAAAGAUCAUUGUAGCUUUUGAGUCUGUAUGCUGAUAAAAAAAAGUUUUGUGCAAAUUGAAUUCUAUUCUUCUUUAUGUGCAUAUAAACCUGUAAAUAAAUUAAAUUUUUUGUUCUCUGUGGAAGUAGAGGAAGGUUUUGACUUUAUGUAUUGGUGGUUAUUUUUAUAGUAACUUGUACAGUACCUAAUUUAUUCGUGGAAAUGUGAAACCAAAAAGAAAAACAUUGGAUAUCCAAUUAGA